AUGCAAACCAAUCUGCAAGAUGCAGCAACCACAAUCACGCUGUUCACCGAGCUCAACCAGGAACCAUUAAUUCAGCAGAUCGAGAGGGGAAGGGAUACUGGAGAGCAGGCCGUGAUUGACCCAGAAGAGCAGGUGCGAAAGUCCAAUGCUGCUAUCCUACAAGCAUCUGGAAGAGAAGCCAGGUUGGAAAAUCCACCGCCAAACAUACAGUCAAUGACACCAGAUAUCCGCCAUUCAGUCUUCCCCAAAGGCACUUGUAUGUUCGUUGUCCUCAUGGCCGCAAUAUGUGGCACGGUCUCACCUCUUUCAGGAAACAUCUAUUAUCCUGCUCUAAACCCUCUGGCGGCUGAGCUUCACGUCAGUCAAUCGUUGAUCAAUAUCUCGCUUACCACCUACAUGAUAUUCCAAGGCAUUUCACCAACAUUCAUGGGGAACUUGGCUGGUACUAAUGGCCGUCGUCCAGCAUACAUUAUCGGGCUUACCAUUUAUAUUGGUGCCUGCAUUGGUCUUGCCCUACAGACUUCGUAUCCGGCUCUGUUAGUACUACGCUGUUUCCAGUCAACAGGGUCAUCGUCAACCAUUGCACUAGGAUCAGCCGUGGCCGCUGACGUGGCCACCGCAGCCGAACGUGGAACGUACAUGGGAUUAAUUAAUUGCGGCGCACUGGUAGGACCUGCCUUAGGUCCUGUUCUCGGUGGUAUACUAUCAGCAUUCCUGGGAUGGCGAUCUAUAUUCUGGUUUCUGGGCCAGAAUGUCGUGGGCAACGGAUCAAUACCAACCCAGAGAUGGAAUCGAGACUUGCUUACUGUCAUCGGAGAAAGGAGGAAGCAGAGGUUGAUCAUCAAGGUACAAGCUGAUGCAAACAAUCUUAAAAGAGAAGGGAAAGCAAAGAGGAAGCUCCGAAUGCCAAACCCUCUUGUUACAUUGAAAAUCCUCAAAGAAAAGGAUUUCGGCCUGCUUCUCUUAUAUAACUGUCUCAUCUAUGCCUCAUAUUUCAGCGUGACCAGCAGUCUUCCUUAUCUCUUCGCAAAACUUCACGGAUUCAACGACUUGCAGAUCGGAUUAUCGUAUCUUCCAUAUGGGGUCGGUGCGCUACUAGCAUCCAUUUUCAACGGACGAGCCCCUCUAGCGGCUCCUCUGGUUCUUCUAUUCUUCGUGGGGUAUUGCAUUUCCGGUAGCUUCAACUGCUGCAGCGUUGUUUUGAUCGACUACUAUCCAAUGUCUCCGGCAACAGCAGCAGCCGGAAACAAUCUCUGCCGCUGUCUGCUCGGCGCCGGAGAAGCAGCUGUCAUCAUCCAAAUGAUCGAGUCAAUGGGAUGUGAAUGGUGCUUCACUUUCAUUGCGUUGGUAAUCUUUGCCACGACACGGAUCUUGGGGGUUCUUAUGCAAUGGGUUCCUGAAUGGAGGGAGAAGAGAGCACAAAGACUAGAGGCAGAAAAGGUUUCGGGAGCGUGA